AUGUUUGGUGGACGUGCCUCACCUUCACAUGAAGAGGUCGUACACCCUGAACAACGGCACACUUGAGGAGCUUAAACAAGCCAUUGCGGCGUGCCCCAUCUUGGGAAACCUCGUCGCGCUGUCGACGUCUAGAUUUCAGGGAGGGAGCGUUCCAAUAACGCCCUGUAUUGUGUAUGAUGGGGCUGAUCUCCCAUAUGCAAGGAACCUUUCACUCCAUGUCGACAAAGAACUGAUGUUCCGUGUGUCGAACGGUGAAGAAGGAAUACUUGCACUGAUGUCAGCUCAUUGGCUGCUGAACAUAGAGUACGCCCGGAAGGCCUUCAACGUUCUUGUGGCCAUAGAAUGGCUGCUACUCGGUCAGCGAUCGACCUCACCAAGAACACCGGUUGUUAAGCUACUGAACGUUUUCAAAAAAGCUGCAAAAUAGGCCUUAGCUCCCGCUCAUAAUAAAAUGUCAUAAGAAACUUGAGCAAUAAGUUGAAAUGAAGCACCAGUAUGCCUACAGUAAUCUUUUCUGUAUAUUCAAAAAACAAAUAUCUACUCAUUACAUGAUGAAAAUAUUACUUUUAGUAUAAACUCGAUUUCAUCACAUGUGUUACAUGCAACACAUGUGACAAAAUCGAGUUUAUACUAAAAGCAAUAUUUUCAUCAUGUAAUGUGUAGUUAUUUGCUUUUUGAAUAUACAGAAAAGAUUACUGUAGUGAUACUGGCAUUUAGUUAACUUAUUUUUUUUGCUCCAGUUUCUUGUGACAUUUUAUUAUGAGUCAUUUUGUUCCUGCGGAUUUCAGCAUGUUCUCACACGGUCAUUCUACUUUGCUGUUUUUUACUCAGUGUUUCGUGACUUUUUUGCAGCAUGUAUAGUAACUUAGAUCAUUUGCUGUUGAAAUUUUAAUGUAACAACACUGCCAGUACUUGUCAGUAAAAUCAGUGUAUCAACUAUUGUUUUGGAAUUUAUGUUUUAGUUUUAUGAC